GGGCAUAUCCUGGGGUUGGGACGAGGGUAGGGGGUACGGGGGUAGGAGGGUCGCAGAGGGGUAGUGUAGUGUCACAUGUGCGUUUCGGCUCAUGGAACAUGGGGACCCUCACAGGUUCAGCUAGGGGAAAGAAUGGAGUCGGCAUUCUAGUGGCGCCGGAGCUGCGGGAGUUUGUGGUGGAGGUUAAGAGGAUUAGCGAUCGUCUGAUGUUUAUCAAGUUGGUUUUGGGUGGGUGUGCAAUCAAUGUCGUGAGUGCUUACGCUCCGCAUGUUGGCCUGGCAGACGAAGUAAAGAGGGAGUUUUGGGACGCCUUGGAUGGGGUGGUUGUUGGUUUUCCACUGACUGAGAAAGUCGUCAUUGGAGGCGACUUCAAUGGCCAUAUUGGAGAGUUGGCCGAUGGCUUCGAGGACGUGCACGGUGGUUUUGGCUUUGGCAGCAGGAACCCAGCGGGAGUUUCACUCUUGGAGUUUGCCAAAGCGAGCGAUAUGGUGGUUGCUAACUCUUGUUUCCCUAAACGAGACGACCAUUUGGCUACAUUUGUUAGUGGAGUGGGGACGACACAGAUCGACUAUCUUCUCCUGCGCAGGUGUGAUCGGGUGCUCUGCAAGGAUGCUAAAGUAAUUCCGAGUGAAAACGUCACUACCCAACACAAGCUUCUCGUGAUGGAUGUUAUGAUCAGGUGGGAGAAACAUAGGAGAGCUUCGAGUGGAAACACACAAAUCCGGUGGAGGAGACUAAGUGCGGAGAAUAUUGCUGAGUUGACCAGGCGAGUGCAGGAGAGAGGUGCGUGGGAAUCGACCGGAGAGGCCACUGAUAUGUGGAUGCGGACCGCUAACUGCAUCAGGGAAACAGUCAGGGAAGUGUUAGGUGUGAGCUCUGGCUCUGGGAGUAGGCGUCAGGGUGAUUGGUGGUGGAGCGAUUCAGUCCGAAGUAAAGUGGAAGCUAAGAAGGCGGCGUAUUUGAGGUACAUGGGCUGCAAUGUAGAGGAGGAAAGAGCGGCGUUACGAGUUGAGUACAAGAAAGCACGCAUAGAAGCUAAGUUAGAGGUAACAAGGGCAAAGAAUGCCGCUUUUGAACGCCUCUACAAGGAUAUUGAGGAGAGAGGCAGUGUUAAUCCACUGUUCCGGCUUGCUAAGGUGCGUGAGAGGAAGGCCCGAGAUCUGGAUCGCGUGAGGUGCGUGAAGGGCAGCGAUGGUAGAGUGUUAGUUGAGACUGCCAAGGUGGCUAAGCGCUGGGGGGAGUACUCUAGUGAACUCUUAAAUGCGGGAGGAGACCAGAGGCUAGUUCUAGAUGAGUUGGGACAGCCCGGGGCGUCUCGUGUGUAUUGCCGGCGCAUUUGCCUGGAAGAGGUGGUUCGGGCUCUGCGCGGGAUGCGUAGUGGGAGAGCUUUGGGACCAGAUGAGAUUCCGGUGGAGUUUUGGAAGCAUGCGGGUCGUGGUGCGUGGGUUUGGUUAACCAAACUCUUCAAUGUUAUCCUCCGGACAGCAAGGAUGCCUGAUGAGUGGAGGGAGAGUCUCUUGGUCCCUCUGUUUAAAGGCAAAG